CGCCACCAUGCCCAGCCCCUGUAGUAGCAUUUAUAAACUACAAAUUUACAUCAAAUGCACACUGUGGUCAAGCUCACUGGACACCAGAGUCUUCCUCGGGUGCCGCAGGGUGGGAGUAGCUUUGUCUCUUCCCUCUGCAUAUCCAGCAGCUCUCACAGAGCUCUACUGGCCCAGCCUUUGUGGAGACUGUGUUUCCUCUCUCAGCCUCCCUCCUUCCCGACCCAGCUGUUCUCUUUCCUUUGGAGCCCUUGCUCACAGAAUGGAAGAGUACUGGAAAGUACUUUCACUUCAUGUGAAUUUCAUGUUUACUGUGCUCCUGCUGUUGACCAGGCAAUUGCAGUCUGAAAUACAGGUGCUAGCACACAGCUGUCAAUCAGUUUUCUUUAUUUGAUGUUUUAUGUUGUGCUGUAGUUGGCAUUGAGUCCAGGCCCUUGACACUGAACUACAACUCCACUCACACCCCCUUUCAAAUAUUUUUACUUAUUUUGAGACAAGUCACCAAGUUCCCCAGGCUGGGCUUGAAACUUGCAAUCCCAUAGUUACUCCGUCUCCCAGAGUGCUGAGAUUGCAGGCCCGGCGCCCCCUGCCUGUCUCUCAGCCUUUGGUGGGAUGCUCCGGGCAGGCAGCAACUCCUGAAAGAGAGGCGUUUAUUCUACAGCCAAGGAAAAGCAAGAAGCUAAAGGCAGGUGAGGCCAGAUGUUUGCUGCGGUUUCCCUGCUUAGUCUUUACCCCAGCAGAAGCGUCGUCCUCUGGGUUCAGGCCGGGAGGGGUCACCGCGGGGAGAGAGUUCCCACUUGUUGCAGUGUUUGCCAACUACACCAACCCUCUUCCACAAUCAGCAAAUAAGAAUUCAGGAUUCCCAGUAAAAUCUGCAUUCUAGACAAACAACAAGUAGACUAUCCCAGAUAUUUUAGCGAAAUAACCCGAAAAAGGCUGGGGACAUAGCGCGAAGGCUCCCCCUACUCCUACUGUGACCGUGGAGCGUCCGCCUUACGUGCAAAAUGUUGCUUCUCUAAAACUGAAAAUAACUGGGCGGUCGGGUGUCACCUCACAGUCCUUUUGCAGAGCAGGGUGAAAGCUUGCUUGGGACGCUUUCCUUUUCCGCUUCUUUUUAGAAACAAAAGUCUCCAAGCAAAACGUCGGUUUCCUGCUGUUAAGAAGACUGAGUUCCGGUUCUUUACCUCCUCCAGCUAAAAUGCGUUUCAAAGGAAAAACCGGUUCCUCAGAGGGAGGGGUCAGCCCAGAGUCGGACCAAGCCACAUGCACACCUGCGGCCCCGGUGGGGCCAGCGGACACCCUCCUGUUUCAGCCUUCCCGCCCAGUCGUCCCAGGCGCUGUCCCCACCCGGCGGUGCAGGGGGCCGGUGGAGCAGGAGGACCGAGCGAUAGGGCGCGGCCUCGGUGGCUCGUGUGGACACGCCCUCGGUCCCGCCCGCUCCUCUUCGGAUCUUGCGCGGGACCAGACAGGAUGCUGGCGCGCGGGCGGCUGCGGCUGCCCGCGACCCCCAGAGCCCAGGUGCAGGUUUGGUGUGUGAGGCUAUAUGGAAACCUGAGUCACCCUCCGUCGCACCUCUCCAGCACCGUGGUGCCCUCUGAUGAAGUAACAGUUAAUUAUAGACAUGGCCUUCCUUUGAUUACCCUCACUUUGCCAUCCAGAAAAGAGCGUUGUCGAUUCGUAGUCAAACCAAUGUUGUCCACAGUUGGGUCCUUCCUUCAAGACCUACACCGUGAAGACAAAGGGGUGAAAACCGCGGCCAUCUUCACAGCAGAUGGCAGUGAGAUUCCAGCUUCAACCUUGAUGGAUGUUUUGCUAAUGAAAGAAUUUAAACUCAUCAUCAAUGAAAUAGCCUAUGUCGUGCAGUGUCCAGAGCCGGAGAAACCCAGCAGAGAGUACACCACAGAGAUGGAACAGGUGCGCUCCUUGGUGCACAGGCUGUUUGCCAUCCUGUACCUGGAGGAGCUGCAGAAGGAGACCGAGCGCCGCUUGCUGGUGAGGAUCGACCACCUGCAGGCCCAGCUGCAGCCCCUGGAGCAGGUGAAAGCUAGGAUCGAGGCUCACGCGGAAGCCAGCACCAGCAGGCUCCUGUGGGCUGGGCUGGCCCUGCUGUCCGCACAGGGGGGCGCACUGGCCUGGCUCACCUGGUGGGUGUACUCCUGGGACCUCAUGGAGCCCGUCACCUGCUUCCUCACCUUCGCCAACUCCAUGGUCUUCUUUGCAUACUUCAUAGUCACACGGCAGAAUUGUACUUACCCCGCAGCUAGAAGUAGGCAGUUUCUUCAUUUCUUCCACAAGAAGUCUUGGCAACAGCACUUUGAUGUGGAGCAGUACAACAAGUUGAAGGAUGAGCUGGCCAAGGCUGAAGAGUCCCUGAAGCUCUUGCGCCGUUCGCUCUGCCUGGGGCUUCGAGUGGAGCAGCUCAAGGAAGAGAAUUAGCUUCACAUUUGAGGGCAACGCUGGAUUCCCCAGGACCUGCUGAUGGCGUCAUAGUGCGCAAAGAAGACGCUAUGGAGUCUCCUGGUUCAUUUCAGUCUGGCUGUUUGCAGCUGUGAGAAAUCACAACCUUGUCUUUUCUAUCCAAGGACACAAACAGGAGUGCCUCCAUCUCAAGACGCUGGCCCACCUCAGGUGGCCCUUCCAGAACACACUGACAUGAUGGCAAAUGUCUGCUGGGCCUAAAUUCUGGGAACAGAUAGCUUAGCCACAGUGUGGGCCUUCUGUUCCCACACCCUCCUACCUUUCCUUUCCCUCAGCAAACCUUUGGAUCUCCCCUCACACCCUGCUUAUACUCACCAACCUCCACAGACUGUAGCCUUUGAACUCAGCCAAUGAAUUUAAAGGACAGUGGCUUCCCAUGCGUGAGGGCUUAAAAGUCCCACUUCCUGGGCUCUGCGUGACUGAUUCCUCAUAGCCAAGUGUGCUCCAGCCCUUCUGCAGAAGUAAACUUCAAACUCCACCUCAUCAAGUUCUCUCACUUGCUGUCUGACUGCAUUCUUCCCAGCCCUGAAAGUUUGAGUGAGGAGGCUCACUUCUCGUAGUAGUUAAUAAAUUACUAUAAAACA